CUAGCUGCUCAAAGGAACAAUAGUCCGCUAGUACCCGCAGAAGAGUGAGCGAACAUUUUGCGACGUCGUCAACACCCUGAGAAGUACGAGACCAUUCUAGAAUUUGACUUUUACCUCCCUUUGACUCGAGAUUUCGUAAUAUACGUAUAAUUUGUAUUGCAAAAUUCGCUUCAAAAAUGGGCCUCCUCUCCCAUUUUUUCCUCCAGCACGACCAGCACGAGAUGGAGACUCCAGGGACGCUUUUUCAUCAAACCGCGUUCGGUGCUGUUGCGCAAGCGGAUUAUUCCGGUGCAGGACAAACCACGUUGACAUCAAAAAUUAUACCGAAAGCAAGCAACUUCUCUUCUUCCUCACAGCACGUCCACUACUCGAGAGAGGGACACCAGCUCUUGCACACAACGAGCUCCAACUUUCACCAGGAAGACGAUGAUACUUUUCGUUUUUCGUCUGCUAGUACUUCUACGGGGCCAUUAACAGCAGGCAUAGCACAUCAAGAAGGAAGAUCGGAAAAUCGGGCGUCGUUUUUAUUGUCCACAGGUUCACAACCUUCACAGCCGCGUGCCGGUGGCCUUGGUCACCAGCAUUUUGACAAUAAGAAUAACUCCUUCAAGUUUUCGCUCGCAAAACCAGCAACUACUAAAAAAUCGCUUCCAACUUCCUACGAAUGGGAGCCGGAGGGGGUAGAUGUGGAGGACAUUCCCGAAAUGGGUUUUCAUGAGACGAAGGAUAUCGGGUCGAAAAUCGGCCUGUUCGAGGCGAAAUUGCUCACAGGGACGACGGUUGCAUUGUAUAGUUUUCGUUUUUCUAGAUGAAAAAUCUAAUUUGUCAUGCAGUUCUGCGAUCCUGUAUGUAGUUUCUCAUGCGUAGUUGUGCAGCAGACAUAAACAAUGAAAAAAAGUCACAACAGGACCGUCUGCUCGACGAUAAUCCAGUUCCGGGCGACCAUGAUGGAUAUGACAGUGCACAACUCCCCCUGCUACCCCUCAUUUGUAUAAUAGCAUAGACGGCAAUACAAGCACUAGCAAGAAUGCCAGUUUUGCAUGACAAAUUUGCGCUGGACCUGGACGAGUGUAGUGCUAUUUGGGCUAGUGCCAGAACUUGUCAUGCACACAGUGCCACUAAGAGGAGAAGGGUGGGCUGCGUGUUUUGCAUGACAAAUGAGGGGGGGAGUAGUUGUGCACUGUCAUAAUGGACGUGAUGUGUGCACGGAAACUUUUGAAUGAAACCAGGGAAGCGGAAAAGGAAUUUACGUAUGAAGCCUAGUGUGCUGUUGUAGUGAGCACCACGACCACCUCCAGCUACGCUGGUUAAAGUUCAUCGUUGUCACGCCGGGACUUGCUGGCCGAGCACUGCUAUAAUUCACUGACUGUGGCUCGAUUAUGUUUGUGGUCAGACUGAAGAACGACCGCUUGCAAAGAACCUCCGUAUGUAAAGAUGAAGUACUUCAUAUAUGAUCUUGUCUUAGCCGAACACGCACACGAGCUGCUCUGGCACAAAGAGACGGAAAAAGACACACUACACAACGAGG